UCCUCCCGCUCUGUGAGCAAGGCAAGCCCAUCAGACCCAACCAUGAAACUCCUCUUGUCAAUCUUGUUUCUUGUUUUUGCACAUCUCUCGUUUGCCCAAAGCGAGAAUGGAACAGAUGUUUUGCAGUUAGCGAUUGAGAAGCUACCAGAGUGCGCACUCAAAUGCACAUUGACAACUGUUGGAGCGUCCACAUGUCAGCUCACCGACAUUGAGUGCAUCAAGCACAAUGAGCAGCUUUUGGAUACUUUAACAGUAUGUGUCAAAUCCAGCUGUCGCAUCAGAGAUGCACUCACCGCUAGAAAAUUCCUCCAAGAGUUGAUGGGUGCGCCGGUUCGAGACGAGACAAAAAGUGGCACCUUAACCACGUUGACCGUCGGCGGAGUGGCCUUGCUGGCUUUUAUUCUACGGGUGUUUGCCCGUUUGCCAGUGUUUGGGAGGACGUGGGGUCCUGAUGACUGGGUUAUGACCGCGACUAUUAUUAUAGUCAUCCCACUCACAAUCUGUGCAUAUCUCUUGAACGAACUUGGACUGGGAAAGGACAUGUAUGUGGUGCCAUUUGAUAAUAUCACCAAGAUCCUGGAGAUCUUUUACGUCACCGAAUUGCUCUAUCUCACAUCAAUCUCGCUCACGAAGAUAUCGAUGCUGCUCUUCUACCUUCGAAUCUUCCCCGACAAACGGCUCAGACGUAUCAUAUACUUUACGAUAGCAUUGUGUGUCAUGUACCUCAUUGCAUUUGUCACAGCAACGGCACUGCAGUGUAUUCCGAUCCGAAUCGCCUGGGAGCAUUGGGAUGGUGAACAUCAUGGAAAAUGCAUAAACCUGAACGCCGACGCGUGGGCAUCUGCUGGGGUCAACAUCGUUCUCGACAUCAUUGUCAUGGCACUGCCCAUGAAGCAGUUAAAGAAUCUCACGAUGAGUCCUCUUCGCAAGCUUGCUGUUAUGGUCAUGUUUCUCGGUGGAAGCUUUAUUACCAUUGUCAGUAUACUCCGUCUGAAGUACAUGGUCCAAUUUGCGCAUACCGAAAACGUGACUUGGGACUACCUCCCUAUCGGAUAUUGGUCUGCGAUUGAAUCGCAUGUCGGUGUCAUCGUCGCUUGCCUCCCCGCUAUACGCUCGCUAGAGACUUCCCUCCGAAAACGUCUCUUCCCGAAGACCCCAGGAGGCUCGAAUAGCUAUUAUGGCAGCAAUACUCGAGCCAGCGGCCGAAAAAGUGGACUGAAGGGUUCAAAAUCUCGUACAUGGCCAUCAAAAGCUGGGGCAUCCCGUCAAAGUACACUCAUCGCGAGCAAGAUUGACACCGACGAGUUUGUGCGACUGCAUGAGUACGAGAUGACCGCAGGAAUGGGUGACAAGAGUAAUGAAAAUGAUAGCCUGGGACCGCGGGCCCGAGCUAUGAGCCCCAAUGGAGACCGCACGCCGUUAGUCACGGCAUCGAGCCCACAAGCGUUGAGCAGUAUCCUGGUGCGGACGGAAUAUAGCGUUGACACCGAGACUCUCAGGCUGGGAAGAAUUUACGAGAGCACAAGCGAGGAGGAAUUAAUGAGCAGAGCCAAAUUGCGCACAUAG